CGCUUGCGCGCCGAGACAUCUUGCAGCGUAUGCUCGGCGGCGGGCGCUUUCUGGCCAUACCGCUCCGGAAACGACAUGUUCCAUGUCUGGCCAUGCCGCUCUGGAGACGCUCUCUAGCCAUACCGCUUUCCGGCCAUACCGCGUGCUUGCAUGUUUACAGGAGGUCAUGGCCUCACCCACUUGGUCUUUGCAGGCCCAGACAGCUUGCCGCUGUGGUGGUUGGUUGGUUCGUUCUUUCAUGCCUGCCAUGACCACAGACGUCCGUCGAUAUGAGUGGUGUCAAUGCUCGCCCCGACCCCACAGGGGUCCAGACCCUCUCUCUGGCGGUACGCCUUCGUCCCCGACCGUUGCUAGACGGUGGCGGCCCCCAGGGUCCGAAGUCGAUGGAAAGCGCCGGGAUUGAAGAAGUCAUAUGCCGCGUCCAUUUCGUUCGCGUCGCAAGGGCUCUGUAUUGGAGCGGCGUUCACGGCCAACACAGGGUUCCAUAGCCCCGUUGGGUCACGGUAGGUCAUGGGGCCAACACGGGGUCACAUCAGCCUUGGUGGGCUCCCGAGGGCUCUCCCCGAGGGCUCCCGACAGGGCUCGCACAAGCUGCCCGCCAACACGGAUGCGUGAGCGCCGCAAUUUGGCAACGCCACAGAAUGGACGCGGGCACAUCGUUGGAGAUUUGGCACGCAGGCAAUGGCGCAGGCUCGCCGCCCAUCAUGCGACGACGGCAGGGCCGUCGAUCCUCGGGCCCUUCGCGCGCGAGCUGGAGGCGGACUCCGUGGAGCUGUGCCGCCGUGCGGCAGAGGGCACGUGCGCUGAGGGGCACUUUGAGCUCGCGCUCGUCGUCGCCACGGAGCCUCGGGAGGGCCCCCUUGACCGCGCCAUGCAGGUGCUCCGCACGAUGCCGCGGUUCGUGGCGCUGCCCCCGGACGACUGCUGGGACGGCGGCUCCGAGCAGGCCGCCCCGCGCUCCACGAUGCCGCGCUGGGAGCUCCCCGCCGCGAGCUGGGACGCCGACGCGUCCGUGGCGGCGGAGCUCCGCAGGCAGUGGGCCGGGGCCUACCUGGGCCCCGACGGCGAGCUCGACGGGGGCGCCCGCUCGCUCUGUCUGGACGUGGUCGCCCGCUGGCGUGCCCUGUGGGGGGCGGCCCGGUGCGCGGCCGGCUGCCGCGCCGCGGCGCUCUCGAGGACCUGCGUGACCCUGCGCCGGGACAGCCUGCGCGGCACGGAGUGGUGGUGCUUCCGGGUGCUGGGCGUGUCCUUGGCGCCGGAGGCGGGGGCCGUGUCGGUGGUCUCCAUGGAGUACUUCGAGAGGAAUCGCUGCUGGGGUGAGGCCAGGGGGAGGGGCCACGGAGGGCCGGGAGGCCGAGGGUGCGGUCAUGGGGUGCGCGGUGCUGCAGGCGUUGGGCGAAUGGUUGGGAGAGGAGCGCCGCGACCUGGGCAGUUCCCGCGGGCACUCGCCAGUGGACAAUGUACAUAGUCAGGUCGCUCUUGCUGCUCGGUCCACCUUUUCCUGCCCCCCGUGGUCGUUUAUUUUUAAGUUUUCGUCCAGAAUCCGCCUGUAGGGGGACGCGCCCGACCUAAACCUAAGAUCUUUCUACCAUCCCCGGUCAGAAUUCAGGUCACGCCGGCGAGUUUCGGCCGCCUGCGAUUCGAGCUCGCGGCGCCAGGCCCCCUGACGGUAUGGUCACCAACGGCAGUCGUGUUCGAUCGCGCCGCCAACUUUUUGGUCGCCGCGCGGGUUGCGACGUUCCCGGCAGUUGUCGCGGGCGCCAGCGGGACA